GAAAUAUAUAAGUUAGUGGAACUUGUUGAGUGAGAUUUUUUUGAUCUUCAGCUACAUUUUUCAGCUUUGUGAGGCACCUUACCAUCAAAGACAAUGGCCAGCAAUGUUACCAACAAGACGGAUCCUCGCUCCAUGAACUCUCGUGUAUUCAUUGGGAAUCUCAAUACUCUUGUGGUCAAGAAAUCUGAUGUGGAGGCAAUCUUCUCGAAAUAUGGCAAAAUCGUGGGUUGCUCUGUUCAUAAGGGUUUUGCCUUCGUUCAGUAUGUUAAUGAGAGAAAUGCCCGGGCUGCUGUGGCAGGAGAGGAUGGCAGAAUGAUUGCUGGCCAGGUUUUAGAUAUUAAUCUGGCCGCAGAGCCAAAAGUGAACCGAGGAAAAGCAGGUGUGAAACGAUCUGCAGCGGAGAUGUACGGCUCCUCUUUUGACUUGGACUAUGACUUUCAACGGGAUUAUUAUGACAGGAUGUACAGUUACCCAGCACGUGUUCCUCCUCCUCCUCCUAUUGCUCGGGCUGUAGUGCCCUCAAAACGCCAGCGUGUAUCAGGAAACACCUCACGAAGGGGCAAAAGUGGCUUCAAUUCUAAGAGUGGACAGCGGGGAUCUUCUUCUAAGUCUGGAAAGUUGAAAGGAGAUGACCUUCAGACCAUUAAGAAGGAGUUGACCCAGAUAAAACAAAAAGUGGAUUCUCUACUGGAAAGCCUGGAAAAAAUCGAAAAGGAACAGAGCAAACAAGGAGUAGAGAUGAAGAAUGAUAAGUCAGAAGAGGAGCAGAGCAGCAGCUCCCUGAAGAAAGAUGAGACUAAUGUGAAGAUGGAGUCUGAGGGGGGUGCAGAUGACUCUGCUGAGGAGGGGGACCUACUGGAUGAUGAUGAUAAUGAAGAUCGGGGGGAUGACCAGCUGGAGUUGAUCAAGGAUGAUGAAAAAGAGGCUGAGGAAGGAGAGGAUGACAGAGACAGCGCCAAUGGCGAGGAUGACUCUUAAGCACAUAGUGGGGUUUAGAAAUCUUGUCCCAUUAUUUCUUUACCUAGGCGCUUGUCUAAGAUCAAAAUUUUCACCAGAUCCUCUCCCCUAGUAUCUUCAGCACAUGCUCACUUGUUGUCCCCAUCCUUGUCCUUCCCAUGUUCAUUAAUUCAUAUUGCCCUGCGCCUAGUCCCGUUUUCACUUCCUUUGAUGCUCCUAGUAGUUAUGUUAAGUCUUACCCUGUAAUUUUUGCUUUUAAUUUUGAUACCUCUUUAUGACUUAACAAUAAAAAGGAUGUAUGGUUUUUAUCAA